AAAUGUAUGCUGUAAAUUGGCAACAAAAAAUGAAGAAAGUUAUGUUAUAAACACCGAGGCGUGAGGCCGCUAAGUCUGUUUUGGAUGGUUUUCGAUAACAAGAAUUUAUAAAUAGCAAUCAUGCGCGCUAUCAGAGGCCUCUGUGAUUGUUAGAUAAAGAACAGAAGAUACGUGCGAGUGUGAUUGGUAUCUUAAUAAUGAUAGGCCGAAAUUUAUCAGUGUUCCUUCCGUGGAGGAAACCCACCUUGCAUCGCUCGGCUAAAAGUCUGCAUUCCUCCUGUCGCCAAUGUUUGCGCAGCAAUUUAUUAUUAACCGUACCAGUAAAACUCGCUUACACUUCGUACGAGUCAGUGAAGGAACAUGAGCAAGAUGUGAAAGAACCUAUUAUUAUAAUGCACGGUCUCUUUGGCUCGAAAAACAAUUGGAACUCGUUGUCGAAGGCGAUUCAUCAAAAGACUAAGCGCAAGGUCAUAGCAGUGGAUGCUAGAAAUCAUGGUGAUUCUCCACAUUCAUCAAACAUGUCAUACAAGGACAUGGCAGGGGAUAUGAUUCAACUUUUGAAAGACCUAGGCUUUAAGAAAGCCGUCCUAGUUGGCCACAGUAUGGGUGGUUCGGCUGUUAUGUAUACCGCAUUGAAUUUUCCACAACACGUUAAAAAAUUGGUGGUCGUUGAUAUGUCUCCUGUGAGAACUAGCCCUAAUCUUAUGCAAAUGGAAAGGAUUUUUGAAGCCAUGCGUUUGGUGAUGGUGGACGGAAGUUUCACCCUGUCAAAAGCACGAAAAACAGUGGAUCAACAACUGUCCAAGUCUAUUAAAUCUAGUUCGAUGCGUCAGUUCAUACUGACAAAUUUGGUGGAAGCAGACGCGGGAAAAUACAAAUGGCGAGUUAAUUUGCCAGUGCUGGAGCAGGCAUUCUCGACUCAGAUAGCUGUAUUUCCUAAUAUAGGCUCAAAAAUCUACAAUGGUCCUACGUUGUUUGUAGGCGGUGCUAAUAGUGAUUAUAUUCAAAUGAAAGAUCACGAUUCAAUCAAGAAACUAUUUACCAUGGCGGAAUUUCAUUAUAUUGAUGGAGCAAGUCACUGGGUUCACGCAGAUAAGCCUAGCGAAUUCGUCGAUCUUUUAACAACCUUUAUAAAUUACUCGGCCUUGUGAUAUUUGUGAAUAUGUAGAAA